AUGGUUUCCCAGUUUGCUAUUGAAGUGCGUGACUUGACGUAUAAGUUUAAGGAAAGUUCUGAACCAUCUGUUGUUAACAUCAAUUUGGAGAUCCCAUGGAAUACGAGGUCUUUAGUUGUAGGUGCAAAUGGUGCCGGUAAAUCCACCCUUUUGAAGUUACUAAGUGGUAAGCAUCUUUGCCUCGACGGCAAGAUCAUGGUGAAUGGCCUUGACCCAUUCAGUCCCUUGUCCAUGAACCAAGUAGACGAUGACGAAAGUGUUGAGGAUUCUACGAACUACCAAACGACCACUUAUCUGGGUACAGAAUGGUGUCACAUGAGCAUCAUUAAUAGGGACAUUGGGGUCAUGGAACUGUUAGAGAGUAUCGGGUUUGACCAUUUUAGAGAAAGAGGUGAAAAAUUGGUUAGGAUUCUAGACAUUGACGUGCGCUGGAGAAUGCACAGGCUGAGUGAUGGGCAAAAAAGAAGAGUGCAAUUAGCCAUGGGUCUUUUGAAACCAUGGAGAGUCCUGCUGCUUGAUGAGGUCACUGUGGACUUGGACGUUAUUGCCAGGGCAAGACUAUUAGAAUUUUUGAAAUGGGAAACUGAAACCAGAAGAUGCUCAGUGGUUUACGCUACGCAUAUUUUUGAUGGAUUGGCCAAAUGGCCUGACCAAGUGUACCAUAUGAAAUCUGGUAAGAUCCUCAACAAGCUGGACUUUCUCAAGGAUGUGGAGUUUUCCGAGGUGGUCAACGCCAAAGUUAACGGCCAAGUGGCCUUUGAUGAAGACAGCGAUAAGGUUGUCAUUAGUAAAGUGAACAGUUUGCAUCCGUUAGCACUAGAAUGGUUGAAGCGUGAUAACCAGAUCCCUGACAAAGAGAUCGGUAUAUAG